AUGGCAACAAGACCUGAUCCCAACGUGGACAUUUCCCACUUCGAGGUAAUAUUCUCUGCCCGAACAGCUGCCCCCUUCUCCGGAGAUAACCCAGAGAUAGCCGGCAGUAGCUCCAGUCAAGGAUUAUCAAGCUUUGAGAAACGACAAAAAUUCGAAAAGAGAAACGCAGAAAGACUACAGCGAGUUCAAGAAAUCUGUCAGUCAAAGGAAAGCCCGACCUACAUUCGUCCUGUUUAUUUCCUUUCGGACCCGGACAGGCAACUUCUGCAAUGUCACGUGGCAAAGGUCGGCUGCUCCUUCUGGACGUCUGUUUUCCGGUUUCUCCACCUGAAGGCUAAAGGUCAGCUGGGAGGUUAUAGGUCACCGCUGGACAUCCCGAGGUUUGAAGUACAUCACGCCAAGGAUCACCCGGAAGAAUUAUAUCCGCGGAGAGUCUUGGCUGCUGAAGGGCCGGAGUCGAAAUCUGUGAGAAACCCUUACUCCCGUCUGUGGAGCGUAUAUCUGGACAAAAUCGUCACACUGAGCCUAUGCACGCCUACCAUCAGCUUCACCGAGUUCUUGAGGAACGUCGGGAUCUCCUACAACAACAACCGACACUACAUGCCCGUCACCAUGAUGUGCAAUCCUUGCAUCUUCAAACCGGACUACAUCGGUUUCCAGGAGACCUUUUCCGACGACGCGUUUCACAUACUCCAAGCUGUCGGACUGGAUCAUGUGGCCCCCAAAAUCAACCAAAGCGUGUACCAGGAACACGAAAUACGCUCCCUCACAGAAUACGCUUACAGCAUACCCGACUACUGGUUUGACAGACAGACAAACAUUUGUCAAAACAAGUCCACCGAAAUGGCCAUGAAUUUGUGGCGCGUGUUUCAAUUCAACGGCCAUAUCCGAUCAGAUCUUCCGUUCCCGAGGGACUUGGAAGAAUAUACACCCGCUUCCGUCACAAAAAUGAUUCUAGAUGUCAUCCAGAAGUUUCCGAUAAGUAAAAAAGAAGCGAAGGAGCAGAAGUUGAAGUAUAUGACGACAGCUUACAAAGAGGUCCCCGCCGACGUCAUAGAGGGGGUGCAGAAAAAGUAUAAAUAUGAUUUUCUCAUGUUUGGAUAUGACGCAAAUGUCGAUGCUUUGAAGUAA